UAUUCAUGGUCUCGUGAGGUUGCCAGUGGAUACCGAGUGGUUUGUAAACUUUGUUGCUAAGUAACACCAAAAGUUGGAUAGAAAACGCUUGGCAGUGUUUAAACUUCUUCCUAGCACAAGAGAAAUAAACAAACAAACGUUACCUGCCAUGUAGAACUGUCUUUAAACGUGUUUAAUUAAAAUAAACGUUUAAAAUGUCAGUAGCUUCUGCGUCUGUUGUGCAGUACGGACGAAGAAAAGGGUCAACUAGAAAAGUUAACUCAGCAGAGGUGAACACUAAGCCAAAUUCACCUGUAGACCUGCGCAGAGUGACUGUGUUGCCCACAUCAGAAUGGAGACGUAUCCAGGAUAGUGUGAAUCGUGUGAACAAACAACAUGAACGUCUCAUUGCAGCUGCAAGAGAACGUGAAGCCAUGCACCUGCGCUCCAAAGAAGUUGUCAAAACCUGGCCUAACACCAUUGCUGGACAACGGCAAAAGAAACUGGAGGCAAAGAAAAUUAGAGAGGACAUUGAAGAGGAGGAGAAAAAGAUAAUGGACUUGGAGGAAGCAAAGUUUCAAGAACUGAAAAGAAAGGAAGCAAUAGAGAGAGCAAAAACCCUGCAGUACUAUCAGAUUGACAGAGUGAAAAGAUUUCAUAGUGCCCUGUUGAUGUCUGAAGUCCUAAAGGAGAGGGAGGCCCAGAUUGAUCUGAAGAAAAGAAAAGAAAUUGCCUCUAAACAUGUAGAUAGAGAGAUCUUGGCCAUGAUUGCACACAAAGAUGCGCUAGCUUUACAGCAGGAGUGGCAGAAAGAAAUGGAGAGGAAGCAGAAGUGUCUGGCUGUUGCUGAGAGUUUGAAACAACAGAUUAAGAAGCAUGAGCAGGCAAGAGAGGAGGAGAUAAUGAAACAGAGGAAAGAGGCAGAGGAACUUGAGCAGUUCCAAGAGCUCUAUAAAAAGGAACAAACCACAUAUGAGCAGAAGAAGCAAGAGGAGAAGAGAAACAUCAUGAAGACUUAUCAAGAACAUCUUACUAACAAGAAAAUCACCCAAGCAGCUGAGGCUAAGAAACAAGAGUUGGAAGAAGAGAGACAAAAUCUUUUUGUAAAGGCUAAAGGAAAGAUGAUGAAACUAAGGAAAGAAAAAGAGGCAGAGAUGUUCAGAGAGGUUCAGAGACACAGGGAAGCCCUUGUUGGCAAACUGGCAGCAUAUCACCAAGAGCAAACCACCAAUGAGGAAGAGCUGAUCUCCAAGGCAGCUGCAGAAGCUCUGGCCAAGCAGGAUAAACAACAGCGUGAGAAGGAAGAGAAGAAGGCAGCCAUGUUGAGGAGCAUUGAUGAACACAGAGAAGCAGUGCAAAAAGAGCUGAAGUUCAAGAAGCAAGAGGAGAAACAGAAUGCUACUGAGAUGCUUAAUGCAAAGAAAGCAUCAGACAUCAUUUUCCUUCAAAAGCAGCACAUCAAAGCCCAGAAAAUGAAAGAGGCAGCCAAAAUGCUACAAGACACUCAUGUCCAUCAGAUGGCUGAGAAACACACACAGGAGCAGCUCAUGAAAAACCACGAGCAGGAAUUUGAGAUGAGGAAUGCAGAGCUCAUUGCAGAGCAAGAGAAAGAAUUUCAGACGUAUACCAAGGAUGUGAUUCAGAAAGCUAGCGAGGCUCAGAGAAACACCUCCCUGCUGCACAAGGCCUCAAAGAAGGGCAUUGGUGGAGGACUUGGUCCUGUGUUUGGAGGUGUUAGACCGAGUUAUCUAGUUCAGGAUCUAUCAGGGGUUCAGCUUCCCAGUUAUGUGCGCAGUAGUACUCAGGGCAUAAAGGAACUGAAUGAGACUACUGACAUUCAGAAGUCUAAUAAACGGCUGGGAUUUACUUGGAUAUCGUGAGCAGUAUUGCUGACUUCAUGGAAAAUAAACAUAACUUUCAGAUGAA